AUGUUUACUGGAAAUUUAUGUCAGUAAUUGAAAAGAAAUUUGGAAUAAACUUUAGUAAAAUAAAUAUAAUUAAUACAAGUAAUGUUAAAUCAAAAUAUUACUAUAUGAUAUAAAAGAAUGUAUGAAGCACGAAGGAAAAUUUUUUGGUUUGCAAUAAUAAGUAGAAUAAUAGUCUUAAGUUUACAAUUUAUCUUUAAUUUGUUAUGUCCUGAUCAUAAUGCAGAUGCAUUUAAAAGUCCUACUGAUAAUUCUGAACAAAUUUCAUUAUAUGACAGUUUAAUAACAAUUUUAUUUGGCGGUCUUGCACGAUGGGAUGGUGAAUAUUUUUUACAUAUUGCAAAAUAUGGUUAUACAUAUGAAAAUACUUUAGCUUUUUAUCCAUUGUAUCCUUUUUCUGUACUUAUUGCAGCUAUAUUACUUAAUGUUAUAUGUUUUGUAAAAUCUGCUCUUAUAUUUUAUGAUCUUAGUAAGGCAGUGUUAAAAACAACAAAUGUAGCUUAUAAAGCUGCAAUAUUGUAUUGCAUAAAUCCAGCUACCAUAUUUUUUUCAGCUGCUUAUUCAGAAUCUUUAUUUGCAUAUUUAACAUAUUGAAGAUAAUGUACAAACUGAAACAAAAAAGUAUCCAACUGAAAUGUUAGUAUUUGUUAUUCAUGGUUUAUUUUUAACUAUUUUCUGUAUUUUAUUUGCACACAUUCAAGUAAGCACUCGUUUAAUAAGUUCAGCAAGUCCUUUAAUAUAUUGGUAUUGUGCUUUAUUAAUAUGUCAUAAACCUUAUAAUGAUGAUAAUUUAUAUGACGAUAAGGAAAAUGUAUUUUCUAAAUGGAAAGUAUUUUUCUUAACAAAGAAGAAGUACAGUUUGAAGGAUAAACUUAUAUUUUCCUAUUUUCUAGGAUAUGGAGUUGUAG